CACCAGCUAGUAGUAUUUUGCCGACCUGCUCGGCCCCUAGAAGGCCCCUUGCAGGCCAACCCCGGCGUUUUUUUCAAAAGCAACCGUCCUGCGGAUGCAGGCCGCUGUCUGCGCCAUUCCGCCUCCCGGGCCCAACCCCGAGCAGUGCCAACCCCGACCAGCAUCCGUGCAACCCUGCUGGAUGCAAGCCUGCUCGUCUGGAGCACAAGUCCCACCGCCUCCAUUUCCUCGGGAACCUACACGUGGGGCAGGCAACCUGCAAAGAGGAGGAAGGGUUGCCAGAGGCGCGUUCCCACGACCGCCCUCCCGCGUGUUGGAAAGCCCUCAUGCGCUAACGCGCCCACCCACCUUACACUCGUCCUGGAGAAAAAGUCCCCGGCGGGCUGGUGCGGUUCUUGAAAGGCCGAUACGGAGCAGCCCAGCAGCCUGUGCGGUGAAUGCCGCGCCCCUUUGCCGCCUGCCCGAUGAGAGGCUGGCCUUUGCAUGUCUCCGCCUCCAGGUCCUUCUCCGCCUUGGUUUCGUUUCCCUUCCUGCUCUGCAAAUCUUUUCAACGGCGGGAAAGGGAGUUCUUGUAUGCACUCAUUUGCACAGCUGCCUUCUGAAGUGCUGGAAGAAGCAGGAGCCACAGGUUUUGGAGACUGGAGGUGAGGCCAGGGAAGUCAAGUUUCAAAAUGAAGCGUGAUGUGCAAAAAUCAGUUUUAAAUCUUUUUAACAAAAAGCCCAAAUGUGAAGUUGACCAUGACAGCAGCAACACAAGCACGACUGUUUCCAGUCCAGAAAGUUUGGCUUCUCCUUCAACUUCUGUCUGUUCGCAAUCGAUGCCACAGGAUUUUCAACCGCCAGCAAGUAUUUAAAACAACCACCUCAAAAUGACGAAGAGAAGUUUAAAGCUCUCAGCGAACCUUGGAUCCCUCCAUGUACGUACCAAUUUCCUAUAAGUACAGAUGGACACUUGUCAUUUCAACGCCAUUGGAUGGCGCAAUACAAUUGGCUAGUUUACACAGAUUAUUUACAAGGUGCACUUUGCAAAGUUUGUGUCCUGUUUGGUGGAAGUGGCUUUGGUGGUCCUGGUCAACAACAACUUGGGGCUCUUGUCAAGAAACCGUUCACAGAUUGGAAGCACGCAACAGAAACAUUUGAAAAACACGAAAAAGCUGAAUACCAUCAAUUUGCUGUUGAAAAAGCUGAAGGGUUUUUUUCUGUGAUGUCAGGAAAAAACCAAAAUGUAAUUGAAGCAAUCAGCACAGAAGAUCAAAAUAUUGCUCCAGAAAAUCGUAAAAAACUCACUGCCUUAGUAGAAACAGUUAUUCUGUGCGGUCAUCAAGAAAUUGCCUUGAGAGGUGACUGCGAAGGUGGACCUCUGGGACUCACCGAGCCUCUUCACAAUGAUGGCAAUUUCAGAGCUCUUCUUCAGUAUCGAGCCCGCUUUGGAGAUGAAGCCCUUAAAAGCCAUUUGCAAACUCAGACUUCAGAUAGUAGGUUCAUGUACACAUCUCCUUCUAUUGAAAACGAAAUUGUUGAAUUAUGUGGUAACUCAGUGCAAGAAAGUGUAAUCAGGAGAAUAAAAAAUAAAGGACCAGGUUAUUUCUCAGUUUUGGCGGAUGAAACCCAAGACAGCUCAAGACAGCAACAGUUGUCUUUGUGUGUACAUUAUUUAGACAGCUCUUGCAAAAAAUCCAUUGUUCGUGAGGACUUCAUUGAGUUCAUUCUUGUAGAAGACUUGUCAGCGUCGGCAUUAGCAACCACCAUAAUGGAACGCUUGACUUCUCAUGGCUUGGAUCUUGAGAUGAUGGUUGGUCAGGGCUACGAUGGUGCUGCAGUAAUGAGUGGCCACCUUAAAGGUGUGCGUGCUCUGAUAAGCGAGCAGUACCCUAAGGCGCACUUCAUACAUUGUGCUGCACAUGGUCUCAAUUUCGUUCUUGCCCAUUCGUCAGAAGUAGCUAUGAUAAGGAACUGUAUAGGAAUGGUUAAAAAUAUUAUUAAUUUUUUUAGACAAUCUUCCUUAGGGAACACUGUGCUGAAGAGAACUGUCGGAGAAAAUGUGCAUUCUCAAUUGGUAUCUCUUUGUGAGACGGGACCGACUGAGAAACACAAGGCUGUAAGCAGAUUCGUAGAAAUAUUUAAUGCCAUUGUAGAAGCACUGUAUACUCUGGGAAAUGAUGGUAGAGACUCGCAAGCCUUUCAGUUUAUACACAGCCUAGAGAACUGUCAAUUUGUUAUUUCUUUACUGAUUUUGAACAAGGUGUUUAGUUACACAUCAAGUUUUAAUGUGGCCCUGCAGACGGUUAGCAUAAAUCUCAAUGAAGUAUACACACACGCUAAAACAAUCAUAGAAGCCCUGGAGGCUAUCAGGAGUGAUGCUAGCGAUGCUGUGUUUUACAGUAUUAUCGAGAAAGCGAAGAACUUACUUGGCACUACAGAAAUUAAGGCUCCUCUUCUGGUUUCAAAACAAACUUGUGAAAGCAAUGUUCCAGCCAGUACCCCAGAACAGUACUACAAAAUAAAUAUUUUUUAUCCAUUUCUGGAUCAUGUUAUAGAGGAAUUGAAAGCUAGAUUUGCCUCUCAUGCAAACAUUGUAGGAAAUUUGCAAAUUUUAGUUCCAGGUUUCUUUAUAGAUGACGGAGCCUGUCACUUACAAUGAAUACAACAUUUGUACUUGAACGAUGUAACAUCCGAAACCUUGAAAGCAGAGUAUGAUUUGUGGAAAAGGAAGUGGGCAACAACUGGAUCUGCUAUGGGUGUUUUGGAGGCUUAUGACCAAUGCAAUGA